GGCCGUUUAUUCGGUACAUAUAGCGAGUGUGGUGGUGUUUCGGUCUACGGCUCCGGCGGUUAAAAGUUAGAAUUUUCUUACGGCGCUAAUUGCAACGCCCGGAGAUCUUGAUUUCACUCACUAGACGUGCUCGCGUUCCGUCACCAGUUUUCCGUGAUAAAUUACAGUGUCCGGUCGUCCUUCUGCCUCUGGGUUUCGAACAAGGCUCGCACUGGCCGCAGAGUUUUGUGCUUCUACGAAAUUUAUCAACGGAAAAUGAAGAUCUGGAACGUGGAGUACGUCUUCAAUAUUUUGACUCUUGCAGCCAUCCAUGGGAAACGGUGGCCAAAGCAAUUUGGAGGAAAUACCCGAACCCCAUGAAUCCCGCGGUGAUCGGCAUCGAUGUCGUCGACAGGAAAAUCGUCGACGGUGUCUUACACUCCCACAGAAUAGUCUCGAGCGAAUGGGGCUUUCCAAAGUGGGUCGAAUCGCUCAUAGGAACUGCUUCCGUUUGUUACGCCAGCGAAUGGAGUGAAGUAGACAUUGAGAACAAACAGAUGACGUUGAAGACCAGAAACCUUACUUUUUGCAACUAUAUCGGGGUCGAGGAAACGGUGAAAUACUCACCUCAUCCGGAAAAUCCACAAAGCACAUUGCUAACACAGGAAGCUGUGGUUACCGUCAAGAGCGUUCCUCUCGGUCACUAUAUGGAGGAUAUGCUGACGUCUAAAAUCUCCGCCAAUGCCGGAAAGGGAAGACAGGCGAUCGAAUGGGUGAUUGGAAAGAUUGACGCUGAGGUAAAGGACCUCGCAAAUAACGCGGUGAAAUCUACGGACGAGCUGCUGGCGCAGACGAAACGUCAGUUCGACGAUCUGACGGUGAAAACCCGGAAGAGUAUGGACGAGCUGCAAACGGCGGCGAAAAAGUCAUUCGAUGAGAUUCACAAUCUGACCGCACCACCGCCCCAAUCUAUACCGAAAUUAUAACUAAGAUUUUGGACUAGUUUCGAUCUUUUCAAUUGAAUCAAAAUUUACCUUCAUCCGCGCUGAAACCGCCUGUCCAGGACGUCGGCCAAAGAGAGGAAAACAAUCGACGCGAUUAACCAAACGAGGAAAUAGCUUAGUGAAAAUAACGUGCAGUUUAAACGAGGGGAAAUAAAGAAGAAACUGAACGCAAAAAGUGACAUAUAAUGUUUCUAUUAUUUGGUUAUUUAAACCGCAGCGCGUGACGUAUAAAUCAAUAACAUAUAAUAGAGAAUUUAUGAAAUAUUGUAUUUAAAACUCCACGCAGAAUAAAAAGAGGUCUGCCGAACUUUGUCUGAAACUUAAAAUGUGCGAGGAAUAUAGCGGGGAGAAGGAAAAGUAAAACAAUGAAGAAAUAAAGAAGAAACAAAAAAUCGAACAAUUUAUUAUAAUAAAUGUAAUAAAAUCGUUCACUAAAAGUAAUUUAUCGUAAAGUUCUUUGGACACAAAUUCUCCGAAGAUCGCAGCCGUGAUUUAUUCUGAACGAAAAGUACGUAAAACGGAAUUCGGAAUUCAUCCGAGAGAACUUUGUUCUUUGUCUGUAUGUAGUUUUUUUUUUGUUUCCGUUUCAUCAUAUCAUUGAAAUUGAUGUAAAAAGUUUUAACAGAGGUAGUAUGUAUCAGCAACAACUACGAAAGAUAGAGUGAGAGAAAAAAAAUCUUACGUUACCCCAAUCUUGCGCUUAUUAUACAUGCCUAUAUUGUAUUACAUAUAUGUUAAAUAAUUAUACAGAUAGGCGAGAAACAUACAAGAAUCUAGUGAUUAACUUUAA